UUUCACGAAGAGGACACGCUCCUGCAUGAUCCAGUGCUUCAUACGCUGGCCUUGGCGUUCGCUGAUGACGCAUUUCUGAAUGGGUUCUCUGGGCCCGAACAGAUUUACGAUCUGGUCGUUCCGCCGCGGUCAGACCGGUUACGGCUUUUGUGGAAGAGGGACUGGGCUGAGCGUCCGAUAUUCCGUACCACGGAGGGUCUUCAAAUGGCUCUUGACAAAGCCCUCACGUACAGUAAAACUCGCGGACAUUUGAUACGACUCGGCCGAGCACUGGGGUAUGCAAAGAAGCUUGAAUUUUACGACCUUCGUCGUGGCUCUGGAAAGAAGUUGAACGAGGCGCUCACUCCAGAGGAGCGAAAUAAAUCCAUGGGACACCGGCUGGGAGACUCGUCCACUUACGUGCGAUAUUACAUGGGCGAUUUCAUUGGUUCCGACAACCAGUCCAUAGUAAGCUCGCCAUUCAAGAAGACCCAAAACUAGCCAGAUACCUCCAGAAACGAGGCAGAGCUAUGGAAAGAUUUAAAUCGGAAGGAUAUCGUUCGUACACAGCUGCGAAAGACACAAUUGCAGGGAAACGAUAC